GCUUCGUUGCGCUGCGUUAAGUGAAAUCACUGACAUCCGUUGGUACGACCAGGGGCUGCAGCGAUUGAUCAAUGGCGAUUGAAAAUGAGCUCCGAGUGGUGCUCCUUCUGUGCGUCGUAUGGCUGAUGGAGGUGGCCUGCACCCGCAUCAACGUCUCGCCUAUCAUCGGUCAGAUAGCCGGGGGGCUGGUGGUGGGCCCAGCUCUCUUGGAUCUCAUACCGCAUGUGGAGGCGUUCAAACUGUUGGGAAAGCUAGGCGUGAUGAUUCUGGUGGUCGAAUCGGGGCUAGCCGUGGAUAUUCAAGAUAUUCGCCGAUUUGGGGCGAGGGCUUCGCUGGCAGCGGCAACUGGCGUACUGCUACCGACUGUGCUUAGCUUCGCGCUGUAUUCAGGGGUUCUCGGGGCGGGCUGGAAGGCGGCCUUAGCCGUGGGAGCUGCGCUCUCCCCCACCAGCCUAGGGUUCAGCGCCCAGCUUCUUGGCGAGGUCGGGCAGCUCACGACACCGAUAGGUCAGCUGAUCUGCACGGCGGCCGUGAUCGACGACGUGCUGUCUCUGCUCCUCCUCGCUGAGGUGCAAGCACUUGCCGACGAGAACCCCAAGUGGCACGACUACGCCGUGCCGGUGUUGGCCUCGGUGGGGUCAGUCUUGAUCGGCGGCCUCGCGGCGGUCUACAUCAGUUCUAAAACCGAGCCGCUCGGCGCGUGGCUUUCCUCCCUCAACAAAAAAAGCAGCAGCAACGAUAACGGGCGCCUUUCGUCGUCCCCAGCACGCCGAGCGGAGGUAGCGACGGGGACGGCGCGACAAGGAGAACAGGACCUCUCGCCUUCUGUCUAUCGCUCUCCUCCGGUUGUCGAUGAACCGGCCGCCGCUGUCGACCGGGGCCAAACACUGGUGGACACGACGACGGUACCGCUAGAACCGGGUGUGUUUAGCACUCCCGCCGCCGUUGCGGUGUCACCCACGCUGUACGGUGGUGAUGCUGGCCGACAAGGCGAUGCGAGUUCCGUGAGGAGAGGAGAUCGAGCCCUGCUCACGAUGGUCUUGGCGUUUUCUCUGGUGUUUGCCUAUCUGUCGUCCCUGGUGGGCAGUUCGGACCUCCUAGGGUGCUUCCUGGGCGGCUUGGCAUUUUCAGGCGUGCCCGGCGUCCAGACGAUUUGGGCACGGCAGAUGAAGCGGUACUCUCAGUGGGGGGCAAGGCUCUUCUUCUCUGCGACGGUCGCGUUCAGCGUGCCGUCCGUCUACAAAGACGGCGGCCUUCUCAGAGUCAAACCGUUCUGGAAGGGUCUUAUCCUUACGGUGGCCGCGAUUGUCGGAAAGGUCGUCGUGGGCUUCUACGCGGGACCCCCGUUAACACUCUCUGGGUUCCUGAAGCUGGGCUGGGCUAUGAACGGGAGGGGGGAGUUUUCGUUCUUCAUUGCCCAGGAGGCGAGCGACGAGGGGAUCUUGACGACCGGGGACUACUCGGCGGUGGUUUGGGCACUGCUAUUGAGCUCCAUCGCGGCCCCUGUGUUCUUCAGAAGGGUCCUGGCCAAGGAUAACGAUGAUGUGAAUGAUGCCCACAGCAAUCAUCGCCGAAAAAAGAACGGCGAACAAGAGUUGGCGGGGGGGAGCAGUACGACUGCCGUGCGAUAG